CUCAGUUCCGCUCUUGGAUUCUAAUAGAGGAUCUCAAGAUGGCGUCGAGUGGAGGAGAUGGAGAACUUGAGUGGACCGCAGCCGUACGGCCACUUUUAUCAGCGUCCUACACGGCUUUCGAAACGAAAGAGCUACCUCAGCUUAUAGGAUCCAUCAUAACCAGUGAAUCUGAGAUUCUUCACCAUGACAAACAGUAUGAGCCAUUCUACUCCUCUUUUGUGGCACUAUCUGCACAUUACAUCACCACAGUUUGUGGACAAAUCCCCAGAAAUCAGUUGCUGUCAGUAGCUGCAGCAUGUAAAGUAUUGAUUGAAUUCUCAUUGCUCCGUCUGGAGAAUCCUGAUGAAGCAUGUGCAGUCUCUCAGAAGCACCUGAUCCUCUUAAUAAAAGGCCUUUGUACUGGCUGCAGUCGAUUGGAUCGGACAGAGAUCAUCACCUUUACUGCAAUGAUGAAGUCAGCCAAACUACCCCAAACUGUCAAGACCCUUUCUGAUGUGGAGGACCAGAAGGAGCUUCCCUCCCCUGUUAACCCUGAACUCAGACAAAAAGAAGUCCAAAUGAACUUCUUCAAUCAGCUGACCUCAGUCUUUGACCCUGACAUUACCAUGCUGGCCUCUCCAUCCGCUCACAUGCAGGGUGAGAAUGAGUGUGAUGACCAGACAACAGAUCAGGCAAUGCAGGCCAAAAUGAAGAAUGCCUUCAUCUCUCAAAAUGUGUCCAGUUUACAAGAAUUAGGGGGCUCAGAGAAGUUGCUGCGCGUGUGCCUCAACCUUCCCUACUUCUUACGGUAUAUCAACCGCUUCCAGGAUGCGGUAUCCGCCAAUUCUUUCUUCAUCAUGCCAGCCACUGUGGCAGACGCCACCGCUGUCCGAAAUGGUUUUCACUCCCUGGUGAUUGAUGUGACCAUGGCCUUGGACACACUUUCCUUGCCUGUACUGGAGCCUUUGACCCCUGGGAGACUACUUGAUGUGACUGUGUUAGCACUAAGCUGCCUCUAUGCAGGUGUGAGUGUGGCAACUUGCAUGGCCAUACUGCAGGUGGGCAGCGGCUUGCAGCUUCGUUCGACCUCCACUGGCUCCAAAGAGGAAGACUAUGAAAACGACGCUGCUACCAUCGUGCAGAAAUGCUUGGAAAUCUAUGAGAUGAUUGGACAGGCCAUCAGUAACUCUCGCAGAGCUGGAGGAGAGCAUUAUCAGAACUUUCAGCUCUUGGGUGCCUGGUGCCUGUUGAACAGUCUGUAUUUGAUACUGAACUUGAGCCCCACGGCCCUGGCUGAUAAAGGGAAGGAGAAAGAUCCCCUGGCAGCACUACGGGUCAGAGACAUCGCCACCCGAACCAAGGAUGGAGCAGGAUCUCCUAAACUUGGCCCAGGGAAAGGGCACCAAGGUUUUGGGGUUCUGUCAGUCAUUCUGGCCAAUCAUUCAAUCAAGCUGCUCACAUCACUGUUCCAGGACUUGCAAGUGGAGGCUCUUCACAGAGGCUGGGCCAGUGACGGGCCUCCAGCAGAGCUGAACAUCAUGGCCCAGAGCACGUCCAUACAGAGAGUGCAGAGACUCAUUGACUCGGUCCCUCUCACCAAUCUGCUCUUCACGCUGCUCUCCACCUCCUAUAAAAAGGCGUGUGUGCUGCAGCGGCAGAGAAAAGGUUCGGUCAGCAGUGACGCCAGUGCCUCCACUGACUCCAACACUUACUACGAAGAUGACUUCAGCAGCACAGAAGAGGACAGCAGUCAAGAUGAUGAUAGUGAGCCCAUUCUGGGGCUGUGGUUUGAAGAGACUAUUUCUCCCAGUAAAGAGAAGGGGGCACCUCCACCUCCCCCUCCACCCCCACCUCUGGAAACAUCCCCGAGACUCAAGAGCCCCAGCAAACUGAACACGGCAGAGAAUGGCAACAUCCUGGCUAGUCGCAAGGACCCGGAGUUGUUUUUGAGUUUGGCCUCAAGCAUACUGAACUUCAUCACCACCACCAUGCUCAAGUCCAGAAACAAUUUCAUUCGCAACUACCUGAGCGUGUCCCUGACGGAGCAGCACAUGGCCACCCUCGCCAGCAUCAUCAAGGAUGUCGACAAAGAUGUCAAAGGUUCCUCUGAUGAAGAGUUCGCCUCAGCCCUCUAUCACUUUAAUCACUCUCUGGUAACAUCAGACCUGCCCUCUCCAUCCCUACAGAACACUCUUCUGCAGCAAUUGGGUGUUGCCCCGUUCUCAGAGGGACCCUGGCCCAUGUACAUUCAUCCUCAGUCCCUCUCAGUGCUCUCCAGGUUACUGCUGAUCUGGCAGCAUAAAGCCAGCCAGCAAGGGGAGCCUGAUGUACCAGAAUGCAUGAAGGUCUGGGAAAGGUUUGUGGGCACUCUGAAGCAGCACACACUACAGGGAGCAGUGCCUGCUGACGAGGACCUCAAUGUUGAACACCUUCAGCUGCUUCUGCUCAUCUUUCACAACUUCUCUGAAAAGGACCGCCGCAGCAUCCUCACCCUCUGCAUGCAGACCAUCGCUGAAAUCGCAGCCCACGUGGAUUCUCAGCUUCAGGCUGUACCCCUCAACCUGGCCCGCAUCUUGCUUGUGUUCGACUACCUGCUGCACCAGUACUCAAAAGCUCCCAUGUACUUGUUUGAGCAGGUUCAGUACAAUCUUCUGACACCCCUGUCAUCCAGGGCCAAUUCAGGACAGGAGGGAGGAAAGAGAGGUGCUGUCCCACUUUAUUAUGGUUUCAAAGAGGUAGAAGAGAACUGGGCCAAGCACUGCUCGGCAGAUUCCACAGUGCAGCCGAAAUUCUACUGCGUUCUGUCUCCUGAAGCCUCAGAGGAUGACAGGGGUCGACUUGACGGCAAGGCCUUCCAAGUGCUGUUCAAUGACGCUGUAAAGUAUGACGACUUGUACUCCUCUCUGAUCUCCCUACUGGCUGCGGGAUCCCGCUUUGACACAGCAAGAUGGCAAGGAAACAAGCCCGUCACUCCAGUAGAAGCAUGUUCCUUGCAGUACUACUUCCUGGUGCUGUGGAAAAUCCUGGGAGUGCUGCCACCCUCAAAGGCCUAUGUUGAGCAGCUUAAGAGCGGCAGCAGUGACCCCAGUGAGAGCGACAUCUUGCACACCCUAAGAUGGUCAUCGAGGUUACGAGUCAGUACCUACGUUAACUGGAUCAAGGAGCACCUAGUGGAACAGGGAAUGAAAGCUGACCACGCCACAUCUCUGAUCGAAGUGGCCUCAGCUAAAUGCAGUGCAGUGAAAUAUGAUGUGGAGCUCGCAGAGGAAUACAUCGCCAGACAGAUUUCGUCGUUUUGCUGCUUGGACCCCAACAGCAUCCUACCUCUUCACCAAGUACCCUCUCUACAAACCAUCUACACAUUGGAUGCUGUGAUUUCCAAAAUGCAAGUGUCUUUAGAUGAGCAUUUCUCCAAAGUAGCUGCUGAUACAGACCCCAACAAAUCCUCGGAGAUCACCAAAAACCUGCUGCCCGCCACGUUGCAGCUCAUUGAUGUCUACACAGCCUUCACCAGGUCAUACCUGCUGAUGAGCCUGCCAGAAGAAGGAGAAAACAAACCCACAGAAGCUAAACUGCAGGGUUAUGCUGCUGUGUUGUCCAUUGGAUCCACACGCUGCAAAGCCAAUUUGCUUGGUCAGACUGUGAUGCAGAAUCUGCCGUCAGCUGUUCAGACAUUGUGUGAAAUGUGGAACAACAUUCACACCAAUGAAUUCCCUAACUUUGGCUCAUGGCGGAACGCCUUUGCCAACGACACUAUCCCAUCGGAAAGUUACAUCAGCGCCAUUCAGGCUGCCCACCUGGGGACCCUCAGCAACCAAUCAUUGCCCUUAGCCUCCUCGCUCAAACACAUUCUGCUCUCGUUGGUGCGCCUUACUGGGGACCUCAUUGUCACAGAGGAGCUGAACAGUCCACAGGUGAUCCGCACGCUGCUGCCUCUCCUGCUGGAGAGCAGCACAGAGAGCGUGGCGGAGAUCUGCAGCACUUCGCUGGAGAGGAUCCUGGGCCCUGCUGAAUCAGACGCUUUCCUGGCUCUCGUCUACGAGCGCCUCAUCACAGGCUGCUACAACAUCAUCGCCAAUCACUCUGACCCCAACAGUGGUCUGGAUGAGUCCAUUCUUGAAGAAUGUCUACAGUACUUGGAAAAACAGCUGGAAAGCAGUCAGGUCCGCAAAGCAAUGGAGGAGUUCUUCUCCUUCAGCGGAGAAUUAGUGCAGAUCAUGAUGGCCACUGCCAAUGAGAAUCUAUCUGCAAAGUUUUGUAACCGGGUUCUGAAAUUCUUCACCAAACUAUUCCAGCUCACGGACAAGAGCCCCAAUCCCAGCCUUCUGUGCCUGUGUGGCUCACUACGUGAUAACAGCCAGGUGGGCGAGGGCGUCUGCACUGUGCUUCUGAGCACUCUCAUUCCCAUGGCAACGGAGAUGCUGGCCAGCGGGGAUGGGGCGGGAUUCCCUGAGCUCAUGGUCAUCAUGGCCACUCUAGCCAGUGCAGGACAAGGAGCAGGACAUCUACAGCUACACAGAGCUGCCAUUGACUGGCUCACGAGAUGUAAAAAAUACUUGUAUCAGAAGAAUGUUGUGGAAAAAGUUACAGCCAAUGUGUCACAAGGCAAGCAUGCCAGCAUGCUGGAGUGUGGCUGCCACAUCAUUUCCUACCUGGCAGAUGUGAUGAACGCUUUGAGGCAGAGCGGUGGCCAGGGCUCAUCCCAGCUUCUGAUGGAGGGAGAGGAGAAGGCGAUUGAAGUUGACUCUGACUGGGUGGAGGAGCUGGCCGUAGAGGAGGAAGACUCGCAGGCCGAAGAUUCGGAUGAGGAUUCACUCUGCAAUAAGCUGUGCACCUUCACCAUCACACAAAAGGAGUUCAUGAACCAGCACUGGUAUCACUGUCACACCUGUAAGAUGGUGGAUGGGGUAGGUGUGUGCACAGUGUGUGCCAAGGUCUGUCACAAAGACCAUGAGAUCUCCUAUGCCAAAUACGGCUCUUUCUUCUGUGACUGCGGUGCCAAGGAGGAUGGCAGCUGCCAGGCUCUAGUGAAAAGAAGUCCCAGCAGUGGAAUGAGCUCCACCAUGAAGGAGUCCUCGGCGUUCCAGAGCGAGCUGCGCAUGCCGGAGAGCGCCAUCCGUCACCAGAGCUCUUCACCCGCGGACAAGGGAAAAGUCACCAUCUGUGAUGGCAAGAGCAGUGACCAAGACAAACCUAAGAAGAGCAGCGUGUGUAAAAACAUUGAGGGCUGCAGAGAGGAUCUGCUUAUCCAAGUGGCGAGCUCCUCCACAGCAGCCCUGGUGCUGGAGUUGCUCAUUUUCCUAAUGGACGCCAUUCAGACCAAUUUCCAGCAGGCAUCGGCGGUGGGCAGCAGCAGCCGGGCUCAGCACGCUCUCAAUGAAUUACACACUCAAGACAAGACGGUUGAGAUGACAGAUCAGCUCAUGGUUCCCACACUGGGCUCACAAGAGGGUGCUUUUGAGAAUGUCAGGAUGAACUACAGUGGAGAUCAAGGACAGACCAUUCGUCAGCUCAUCAGCGCCCAUGUGCUGCGUCGGGUGGCCAUGUGUGUGCUGUCGUCCCCUCACGGACGCAGACAACACCUUGCUGUCAGCCAUGAGAAGGGCAAGAUCACAGUUCUGCAGUUGUCUGCGCUGUUGAAGCAGGCUGACUCCAGUAAGAGGAAACUGACUCUGACUCGCCUGGCUUCCGCUCCAGUCCCCUUCACAGUGCUUAGUCUCACAGGAAACCCCUGUAAUGAGGACUAUCUGGCAGUGUGUGGACUCAAGGACUGCCACGUUCUGACAUUCAGCAGCACAGGCUCCGUCUCAGAUCACUUAGUCCUGCAUCCUCAACUUGCCACUGGAAACUUCAUCAUCAAGGCCAUAUGGCUUCCUGGAUCACAGACUGAAUUGGCUAUCAUCACUGCUGAUUUUGUCAAGAUUUAUGACUUAUCUGUGGAUGCCCUGAGCCCCAUGUACUACUUCCUGCUACCAAGUUCAAAGAUCAGAGAUGCCACAUUCCUGUUCAACGAGGAGGGCAAAAACAUCAUCGUGAUCAUGUCCUCAGCGGGCUACAUGUACACCCAGGUGAUGGAUGAGUCCAGCAGUGCCCAGCACGGCCCUUUCUACGUCACCAAUGUUUUGGAGAUCAGCCACGAGGAUCUGAAGGACAGUAAUGGCCAGGUGGCUGGAGGCGGAGUCUCUGUGUAUUACUCCCACGUCCUGCAGAUGCUCUUCUUCAGCUACAGUCAGGGCAAGUCAUUCGCUGCCACAGUGAGCUGCAGCAACAUGGAAACACGGAGACUCUUUACCAUCAGUGUCAAAGGAUCUAAUGGAGGUAGUAAGACGUCUCCAGCUCUCUGUCAGUGGUCAGAAGUCAUGAACCACCCAGGCUUGGUGUGCUGUGUCCAGCAGACCACAGGAAUCCCGCUGGUCAUCAUGGUAAAACCAGACACGUUCCUCAUCCAGGAGAUCAAAACCCUGCCUGCAAAAGCUAAGAUUCAGGACAUGGUUGCAAUCCGUCACACAGCAAGCAACGAGCAGCAGCGCACCACCAUGAUACUGCUGUGUGAAGAUGGCAGUCUCCGUAUAUACAUGGCCAACGUGGAGAACACGUCCUAUUGGCUCCAGCCCUCCCUUCAGCCUAGCAGUGUGAUCAGCAUCAUGAAACCCGUCCGCAAACGCAAGACAGCCACGGCCACCACACGCACAUCCAGCCAAGUUACUUUCCCUGUGGACUUCUUCGAGCACAAUCAGCAGCUGACAGAGGUGGAGUUUGGAGGCAAUGACUUGCUGCAGGUCUACAACGGCCAACAGAUCAAACACCGUCUAAAUUCUACAGGGAUGUAUGUGGCUAACACCAAGCCUGGAGGUUUCACAGUGGAAGUAGUGAACAAUAACAACUCAAUGGUGAUGACAGGAAUGAGGGUGCAGGUGGGCACUCAGGCCAUUGAGCGAGCUCCCUCUUACAUUGAAAUCUUUGGGCGCACCAUGCAGCUCAACUUGACACGUUCCCGCUGGUUUGACUUCCCUUUCACUCGCGAGGAAGCCCUACAGGCAGACAAGAAGCUCUCCAUUUUCAUUGGUGCUUCAGUCGACCCAGCAGGUGUCACCAUGCUGGACUCCAUUAAGAUUUAUGGCAAAACCAAAGAGCAGUUCGGAUGGCCAGAUGAGCCCCCAGAGGACUUCCCCUCAGCUGCAGUCAACAACGUGUGCAGCCCCAACCUAAAUCAGGGUAAUGGCACCGGAGACAGUGACAUCACCAGCCCCAUCACUACAAGCGGCACUGUACUGGAGAGGUUGGUGGUCAGCUCACUGGAAGCUCUAGAGAGCUGCUUUGCUGUGGGUUCCCCCAAUGAAAAGGAGAAAAAUAAAGCUGCUGCUCUAGAGUUGGCCACUCUCCUCCUGUCCAUCCCCACUCCUGCUGGAGUACAGCAGCAGACCAAAAGCCUUCUGGCUAGCCUGCACACCAGCCGCACAGCCUACCACAACCACAAGGAUCAGUCUCUGCUUAGCAACGCAGUACAGUGUCUGAACAGCUGCAGUAAAGAAGGAAAGGAGCUGGACCCUGAUGUGUUCCAGAGACUGGUGAUCACAGCCCGCUCCAUCGCCAUCAUGAGACCCAACAAUCUUGUGCACUUCACCGAGUCCAGACUUCCUCAGUCAGACACUGAUGUAGGUGAUGAUGGGAAGGAUGGACUGAAACAAGCUGAUACCGAGAGCUGUAGCUUCAUCAUGCAGCUGGUCACUAACUUCUGGAAGCUUCAUGCUCUCAAACCAAAGAAUGCUUUUUUGGCUCCCGCCUGUUUGCCAGGUCUAACUCACAUUGAAGCCACAGUCAAUGCACUGGUUGAUAUCAUCCACGGUUACUGCACUUGUGAGCUGGAUUACAUCAAUGUGGCAUCUAAAAUCUACAUGCAGAUGCUGCUCUGCCCUGACAUCUCUGUGAGCUUUGCUUGCAAACAAACUCUGAUUAGAGUUUUGAGACCCAGAAACAAACGCAGGCAUGUGACCUUGCCUUCUCCUCCACGGUCCAACACGCCCAUGGGAGAUAAAGAUGACGACGAUGAUGAUGAUGCUGAUGAGAAGAUGCAGCCCUCCAACAUGACGGGAGGGCAAAGCGGCAGGCAGGAGAGUCAAGAACAAAGCGAGGUGGACCACGGAGACUUUGAGAUGGUGUCUGAGUCUAUGGUCCUGGAGACGGCUGAGAAUGUGAACAAUGGAAACCCCUCUCCUCUUGAAGCUCUGCUAGCAGGGGCGGAGGGCUUCCCACCCAUGCUGGACAUCCCUCCAGACGCUGAUGAUGAGACCAUGGUGGAGCUGGCUAUAGCUCUCAGUCUGCAACAAGACCAGCAAGGCAGCAGCAGCAGUGCUUUGGGCCUACAGAGUCUGGGCCUAUCUGGUCAGGCCCCAAGCUCCUCAUCCCUGGACGCAGGAACCCUUUCAGACACCACUGCAUCAGCCCCAGCCUCGGAUGAUGAGGGGAGCACAGCGGCCACAGACGGCUCCACGCUGCGCACCUCUCCCGCCGAGCACGGGGGCAGCGUGGGCUCUGAGAGCGGCGGCAGCGCCAUCGACUCUGUUGCAGGAGAACACAAUGUGUCUGGCCGCAGCAGUGCUUAUGGGGACACAACUGUUGAAGGACACCCUGCAGGGCCGGGCAGCGUGAGCUCCAGCACAGGAGCCAUCAGCACCACCACGGCCCAGCAUGAAGGAGAUGGAUCAGAGGGCGAAGGAGAGACAGAGGGCGACAUCCACACCAGCAACAGGCUGCACAUGGUGCGUUUGAUGCUCUUAGAGCGUCUCUUGCAGCAUCUGCCCCAGCUCCACACUGUAGGUGGAGUUCAGGCCAUCCCCUACAUGCAGAUCAUCCUCAUGCUGACCACAGAUUUGGAUGGAGAGGACGAGAAAGACAAGGGAGCACUGGAUGACCUUCUGGCCCAGCUCAUCGCCGAGCUCAGCAUGCAUAAGAAGGAUGUUUCAAAGAAGAAUGAGCGCAACUCCAUAAACGAGGUGCACCUGGUCAUCAUGAGGCUCCUCAGUGUCUUUAUGUCCCGCACCAAGUCUGGCUCAAAAUCCUCCUCUGAGUCGUCUUCUCUCAUCUCCAAUGCAACAGCUACCGCUCUGCUCAGCAUGGGAGCGAUAGACUACUGCUUGCAUGUGCUCAAAUCCCUGCUGGAGUUCUGGAAGACUCAGCAGGGCGAGGAGGAGCCAACGGCCACCAGUCAGCUCCUAAAACCCCACACUUCCUCCUCACCCCCAGACAUGAGCCCCUUCUUCCUGCGUCAGUAUGUCAAGGGCCAUGCUGCUGAUGUGUUUGAAGCGUACUCUCAGCUUCUCACCGAGAUGGUUCUCCGACUGCCAUACCAGAUCAAGAAAAUCGCAGACGCCAACCCGCGCAUCCCACCGCCAAUCUUUGAUCACUCCUGGUUCUAUUUCCUGUCAGAGUAUCUGAUGAUCCAGCAGACGCCGUUUGUGAGGCGACAAGUGAGGAAGCUCCUGCUGUUCAUCUGUGGCUCCAAAGAGAAGUACCGUCAACUCCGAGAUCUCCACACGCUUGACUCCCACGUGCGGGGCAUCAAGAAGCUUCUGGAGGAGCAGGGAAUCUUCCUGAGGGGAGGAAUCGUGACUGCGACAUCUGGCUCUGCUCUACAGUAUGACACACUCAUCAGUUUGAUGGAGCACCUUAAAGCAUGUGCUGAAAUAGCCACUCAGAGAACGAUCAACUGGCAGAAGUUCUGCAUGAAGGAUGACUCGGUGUUGUACUUCCUGCUGCAAGUGAGUUUCCUGGUGGAUGAGGGUGUUUCUCCGGUCCUGCUGCAGCUGCUCUCUUGUGCUUUAUGUGGCAGUAAAGUCCUGGCGGCCUCCUCCUCUGGAGCUUCAGGUGGAGGUUCUGGAGGUUCAUCUCAGCCCUCUCAGAGCAAAUCAUCCAGCAAGAAGAGCAAGAAAGAGGACAAGGAAAAAGACAAAGAAGGAGAUGGAGCUGGCAGUCAGGAAGAUCAGCUGUGUACAGCUCUGGUCAGUCAGCUCAAUAAAUUUGCAGAUAAGGAGACGCUUAUUCAAUUCUUGCGUUGCUUCCUGCUCGAGUCCAACUCUUCAUCUGUGCGCUGGCAAGCCCACUGCCUCACACUGCAUAUCUACAGGAACUCAAACAAAUCCCAGCAGGACUUGCUGCUUGACCUGAUGUGGGCCAUUUGGCCAGAACUACCAGCUUAUGGUCGUAAAGCAGCUCAGUUUGUGGACCUACUUGGAUACUUCUCGCUUAAAACACCUCAGACGGAAAAGAAGCUGAAGGAAUACUCUCAAAAGGCUGUAGAAAUUUUGAGGGCACAGAACCACAUCCUGACCAAUCAUCCCAACUCAAAUAUAUACAACACCCUCUCUGGACUGGUGGAAUUUGAUGGAUUUUACCUAGAGAGUGAUCCUUGCUUGGUGUGCAACAAUCCUGAAGUGCCCUUCUCUAACAUCAAACUCUCAUCUAUCAAAGUGGACACGCGUUACACCACCACUCAGCAAGUGGUGAAGCUGAUUGGCAGCCACACUAUCAGCAAAGUCACUGUGAAGAUUGGUGAUCUUAAGAGAACCAAGAUGGUUCGCACGAUCAACCUUUACUACAACAACAGGACUGUACAAGCUAUUGUAGAGCUGAAGAACAAACCUGCUCGCUGGCACAAAGCUAAGAAGGUGCAGUUGACCCCUGGCCAAACUGAAGUGAAGAUUGACCUCCCUCUCCCCAUUGUGGCCUCCAACCUGAUGAUCGAAUUCUCUGAUUUCUAUGAGAACUACCAGGCGUCUACGGAGACCCUGCAGUGUCCUCGUUGCAGCGCCUCUGUCCCUGCCAAUCCAGGAGUCUGUGGCAACUGUGGAGAGAAUGUGUAUCAGUGCCACAAGUGCAGAUCCAUUAAUUAUGAUGAGAAGGACCCAUUCCUGUGCAAUGCCUGUGGUUUCUGUAAAUAUGCACGCUUUGACUUCAUGCUGUAUGCAAAACCCUGCUGUGCUGUGGAUCCUAUAGAAAACGAAGAAGAUAGGAAAAAGGCUGUUACCAACAUCAACACUCUACUAGACAAGGCUGACCGUGUUUACCACCAGCUCAUGGGUCACCGGCCGCAGCUGGAGAGUCUGCUGUCUAAAGUAAAUGAGGCUGCACCUGAGAAACCACAGGAUGAUACAGGAGCAGGCGCUGGUCUCGGCACCUCCACUGCCAGUGUCAAUCGGUACAUUCAGCAGCUGGCACAGGAAUACAGCGGAGACUGCAAGACCUCAUUCGAUGAGCUCUCCAAAAUCAUCCAGAAAGUGCUUGCAUCGCGUAAGGAGCUGCUGGAGUAUGACCUGCAACAGCGGGAAGCUGCUACCAAAUCAUCCCGCACCUCCACACAACCCACCUUCACAGCCAGCCAAUAUCGCGCCCUGUCUGUGCUGGGAUGCGGGUACACAUCCUCCACCAAGUGCUACGGCUGUGCGUCUGCAGUCACGGGCCACUGCAUCACUCUACUGCGUGCACUGGCAACCAACACUGCCAUCAGGCAGAUCCUGGUACUGCAGGGUCUCAUCCGAGAACUGUUUGAGUACAACCUGCGCCGUGGCACUGGAGCCAUGAGGGAGGAGGUCCGCCAGCUCGUCUGUUUGCUUACCAGAGAUCACCCAGAAGCCACACAGCAGAUGAAUGACCUCAUUAUUGCCAAGGUGUCAGCUGCCCUUAAAGGUCACAGGGCCAACCCUGAUCUGGUCAGUAGUUUGCAGUAUGAAAUGCUGCUGCUUACAGACUCCAUUGCUAAGGAGGGAGGAUGCUGGGAGCUCAGACUUCGCUGUGCACUGAGUCUGUUCUUGAUGGCGGUGAAUAUAAAGACCCCUGUGGUCGUGGAGAACAUUACACUGAUGUGCCUGAGGAUCCUGCAGAAACUCAUCAAACCUCCUUCCCCAACCAGCAAGAAAAACAAGGAUGCUGCCGUCGAAUCCCUGACUACAGUCAAGCCAUACAACAACGAGAUCCACGCACAGGCCCAGCUCUGGCUCAAAAAAGACCCCAAGGCCUCUUAUGAAGCCUGGAAAAAGUGCCUUCCUGCUAGAUGUCAGGAAACAGUCUCUAAACCUUUGAAUAAGGCUGAGAUCAGGAGGCAGUACCUGAUGGAGAAGUACGUGUGGAAGUGGAAGCAGUUCAUGAGGUCCAGGUCAGAAGGCCUGUUCCCUCGCCUGCUCAAACUGGGUCAUAACAACUGGCUGAGACAGGUGCUCUUCACCCCAGCCACCCAGGCAGCAAGACAGGCGGCUUGCACCAUCGUCGAAGCUCUAACAACAAUCCCCAGCCGCAAACAGCAAGUUCUGGACCUUCUAACAAGUUAUCUGGAUGAGCUGAGCAUUGCAGGAGAGCGUGCUGCAGCGUACCUGGAUUUGUACCAGAAGCUCAUCAAACCUGCUCACUGGAAGGUUUACCUGGCUGCCCGUGGUGUCCUACCAUACAUCGGCAACCUCAUCACCAAGGAAAUUGCUCAUCUACUAGCCCUUGAAGAAGCCACACUGAGCACAGACUUACAGCAGGGAUACGCCCUCAAGAGUUUGACAGGCUUGCUGUCCUCAUUUGUGGAGGUGGAGUCUAUUAAGCGUCACUUUAAGAGUCGGUUGGUUGGCACUGUCCUUAACGGCUACCUGUGCUUAAGGAAGUUGGUGGUCCAGAGAACCAAACUGAUCGAUGAGACCCAAGACAUGCUGCUGGAGAUGUUGGAGGACAUGACUACAGGGACGGAGUCUGAGACCAAAGCAUUCAUGGCUGUGUGCAUCGAAACUGCAAAGCGGUACAACCUGGAUGAUUAUCGCACCCCUGUCUUCAUCUUCGAGAGGUUAUGUAGCAUCAUUUAUCCAGAGGAGAAUGAGGUGACAGAGUUCUUUGUUACACUGGAGAAGGACCCACAGCAGGAGGACUUCCUGCAAGGCCGUAUGCCAGGAAACCCAUACAGCAGUAAUGAACCAGGCAUUGGCCCUCUCAUGAGAGACAUCAAGAACAAAAUCUGCCAGGAUUGCGAUCUUGUGGCACUACUGGAGGACGACAGCGGCAUGGAGCUCCUUGUGAAUAACAAGAUCAUCAGUUUGGAUCUGUCUGUUGCUGAGGUCUAUAAGAAGGUUUGGUGCCCCACCAAUGAGGGUGAGCCAAUGAGGAUCAUCUACAGAAUGAGGGGGCUUCUGGGAGAUGCAACAGAGGAGUUCAUUGAGUCUUUGGACUCAACUACAGAUGAAGAGGAGGAUGAUGAGGAGGUAUAUAAGAUGGCUGGAGUGAUGGCGCAGUGUGGAGGUCUGGAGUGCAUGUUGAACAGGCUCUCUGGAAUCAAAGAUUUCAAACAGGGCAGGCACCUUCUCACAGUUCUCCUCAAGUUAUUUAGUUAUUGUGUGAAAGUGAAAAUCAACAGACAGCAGCUGGUGAAACCGGAGAUGAACACACUGAAUGUUAUGUUGGGCACAUUGAAUCUGGCCUUGGUGGCAGAGCAGGAGAGCAAGGACAGUGGAGGAGCAUCCAUAGCAGAGCAGGUUCUUAGUAUUAUGGAGAUCAUCCUGGAUGAGGCCAAUGCGGAAACUGUGUCUGAAGACAAGGGUAACCUGCUGCUGACGGGUGAUAAGGACCAGCUGGUGAUGCUGCUGGACCAGAUCAACACAUUGUUUGUGCGUUCCAAUCCCAGUGUCCUACAGGGGCUGCUCCGCAUCAUCCCUUACCUGUCCUUCGGUGAACUAGAGAAGAUGCACAUCCUGGUCGAGCGCUUUAAACCCUGCUGCAACUUCGACAAGUAUGAUGAGGAGCACAGUGCAGAUGACAAGGUCUUUCUGGACUGUUUCUGUAAAAUAGCUGCUGGAAUCAAGAAUAAUAGUAAUGGACAUCAAUUGAAAGACCUCAUCUUGCAGAAGGGCAUCACCCAGAGUGCUCUGGAUUAUAUGAAGAAACAUAUCCCCUGUGCUAAGAACCUGGAUGCAGAUGUUUGGAAGAAGUUCCUUGCUCGACCAGCCCUUCCGUUUAUCCUGAGACUGCUGCGUGGUCUGGCCACCCAGCACCCCCCUACACAGAUGCUAAUCGGUACAGAUUCAAUAACCAAUUUACACAAGCUGGAGCAGGUGUCCAGUGACGAGGGUAUCGGCACUUUAGCAGAGAAUCUUCUGGAGGCACUAAGGGAACUCGCAGAGGUUAACCUGAAGAUCGACGCUGCCCGAAGGGAGACUCGAGCGGAGAAGAAACGCAUGGCCAUGGCGAUGAGGCAGAAAGCUCUCGGCACACUGGGAAUGACAACCAAUGAGAAGGGCCAGGUGGUGACCAAGACGUCCCUGCUUAAACAGAUGGAGGAGCUCAUAGAAGAACCUGGGUUGACUUGCUGUAUUUGUAGAGAGGGCUACAAGUUCCAGCCAACCAAAGUUCUGGGCAUCUACACAUUUACAAAGCGUGUGCCCCUAGAGGAGUUCGAGAACAAACCCCGCAAGCAACAGGGCUACAGCACUGUCUCACACUUUAACAUAGUCCACUAUGACUGUCAUCUUGCUGCUGUCAGGCUUGCCAGAGGGCGUGAGGAAUGGGACAGUGCCGCACUACAAAAUGCCAACACAAAGUGCAAUGGUCUCCUACCAGUAUGGGGGCCUCAUGUACCCGAAUCUGCCUUCGCCACCUGCCUGGCAAGGCACAACACAUAUCUGCAAGAGUGCACAGGGCAAAGGGAACCCACGUACCAGCUCAACAUUCACGAUACCAAGCUGCUGUUCCUGCGCUUUGCUAUGGAGCAGUCCUUCAGCGUGGACACAGGGGGAGGAGGCCGCGAGAGCAACAUCCACCUCAUCCUUUACAUCAUUCACACCAUUCUCUACGUCCUCAACACAACAAGGGCCACGUCACGGGAGGAGAAGAAUCUUCAGAGCUUCUUAGAGCAGCCUUGUGAAAAGUGGGUGGAGACUUCGUACGAGGUGGACGGGCCGCACUACUUCACCAUAUUGGCCAUGCACAUCCUGCCACCUGAGCGCUGGAGGACUACGCGUCUCGACUUUCUUCGUAGGCUGCUGGUCACUUCACAUGCCCGCAAGGUUUCACAAGGGGGUGCUAACAAGCUCACAGACAAAGCCGUGAAGGAGUAUGCUGUUUACCGCUCACCGCUUCUCUUCUGGGGUCUGGUGGAUCUUGUCUAUGAUAUGUUCAGGAAAGUGCCCACCAGCAACACAGAGGGAGGCUGGUCCUUCUCGCUCGCAGAGUACAUAAGGCACAAUGACAUGCCCAUCUAUGAGGCUUCAGAAAGGAUUUUGAGGGCUUUCCAGGAUGAGCUCAUGCCUGCUGAAUCCUUCUCCGAGUUCCUGGAUGUCGUAGGUCUUUUGUCAGACAUCCCAGAUCCUGACACCUUCCUGCAGGACCUGUUGAACUCUGUGCCCUGAUGGCACACUUUAUGCACCUCACUUAUGGACUCGUGAGCUCUCUGUCCAGUGCAGGUGUUCCUUAAACACGGAGUCUGUCUGUUACCCGGACACCGCUAUUUGCAACUCCAUAAGGACACCUUUCAAUCGGGGCCCAGGCUCCCAAAACUUCUAUCAGCUCGCAUACACACUCAUUCACCUCCACUUCUGCUCCUGAUCUCCGCGUGGGUUCAUUCAGUUAUAACUCUCUCCUAAACAAGAAAGUGACGUGUAGCCUGACGAGUUAAUACGCAUUUACUCUACAAUGGUUUUAUAACACCUAAUACACACAAACACACCAUGCUGUUUUGAUCCGACAUGUUGCAGGUAAUUUGAUUUGGAAUUAUUUCAUAAUCAACCCUUUUAUUUUUAUUUUAUUUUUCCCUUUUGUUUUUUUUGUUUAUGGUGUUGUUUUUUUUUUUUUACUCUAAAUUGGCUAAGAGUUACAGAUUCACUAACUAAUCUCUCAUCGUCUUGGUCUAUGUUUCUGGAUUUUUUUUUUUUGAUUUUUUUUUUGCAGUGGUGUUCAAUGAAUUGUUUGCAGUUCGUGAGAAAGGCAAGGCCUGACAGUGGUUCUGUGAUGUGAUGCAAAUGUGUGACGAUUGUUUUCCAUGUGUAAAUGGUUAAAGAUUGAGAUGAAAGUUUGUUUAAUGUUAUUCCCAAAAAAUGAAAAUACUUUCUGAUUUGUAAAGGGUUUUACCUGCAUCAACAAUGAAACAAAGAUAAAGAAUAAAAAGGGCCAGCAUAUUUAUUUUGGGAGCCUUUUUCCACUUUGUUUUUCUGGUUGGGUUUGUGUUUUGAUCAAAAUCACGAUAACUAAAUUUCUUUUUUGUUAUGUCUUCCAUGUGUCCGUAAUUCACACCGUAAUAUUCUGCAGAUUAAAGAUUUUCCCCAGAGCAAGUUGUGCCUCUGGUAAGCAAGGUGCCACUGAGAAGAGUCUCAGUGAUUUUAAGUUUAUUCUUACAAUAUAAACACACACCUGUGAUAGGGUGUUCUUGAGCUGAAUGCAUGGUGUGAAGUUUGUUUUAAAAAAAGAAAACCAGAAAAACCCAGUUAGUGUUUAUUCGCCUAUUCCCGCUGCUACAAUGUUCAACUGUUGCUGAAUGUCUGCUUUUGAAUUAGCUCAAAUUAAUAAAGGUGUAAGAAUACCAUAUCUGA